CGUACGGUUCGAAUAAAAAAGCGACGGGUCUCCGGAUCGGGAACGACUUCUUCGGCUCGUAGCGCUGUCGGAAAAGUGUUGAAAAAAUGCUGGAAAAUCAGCUUAGAGCAGGCGAAAAUGCCGCCGGCACUCGAUCCGUAUCGUAAUUGAAUUCGGGGCAGUGGAUUGAAAAUAAAAUUGAAUUUCGUAGCAAACAAACACGGGGCAUCGAAUAGCAAAGCGAUAAACUAGUCGUUAAAUUGAAUAUACAAAUUGGUGUUUUGAUUAAAACUAAUAAACAUAAACACUGAAACCGCAGAGCACGAGGAAAAGUGAAAAGAGGAAUUUAUUUUUAAAUACAAUUUCUUUGUUUUUCGCUGCUUGCAAUUGGCUGACAUUGCUCAUACGCCUCGUUGCCUCAGCGAAAAAGGGGAAUUUAGCAUAGUUCCUGGUUGAAAAGUUGGCAAAUGGAAAGCAAAUAGGAGAAACGAAAAGGGAUACGCAACAUUAACUCGGGAAUCCCUUUUGCCAGGAUAAAGACAAAGAGAAAGUACUCGGGGGCGUUGAAAAAGGACAUCAGCCAUGGAGAACCGCAGUGACUUCGAGGCGGAUGAUUACUCCGACAUCAGCGGGAACAACUGGAGCAACUGGAGCACCCCCGCAGCCGUUCUCUACUUGGCCAUGAGCAGUGUCCUGGCGACCACGAACCACACUCCCCUUCCCGACUUUGGCCAGGACCUCGGCCAGUCCACCAGCUCCUUCAAUCACAGCCAAACCCUAUCCACAGACCUGCCCUCCACCGUCGACGUGGAGGAUGCGGCCAAGGAUGCGGCGGCCUCCAUGGAGACGAGCCCGUUUGCAUUUGUGGUCCCGUGGUGGCGACAGGUGUUGUGGAGCCUGCUCUUUGGCGGCAUGGUCAUUGUGGCGACCGGCGGUAACCUGAUUGUUGUCUGGAUUGUGAUGACGACCAAGCGGAUGCGGACGGUGACCAACUAUUUCAUAGUGAACCUCUCCAUCGCGGAUGCCAUGGUGUCCAGCCUGAACGUCACCUUCAACUACUACUACAUGCUGGACGGCGACUGGCCCUUCGGCGAGUUCUACUGCAAGUUGUCCCAGUUCAUCGCCAUGCUGAGCGUUUGCGCCUCCGUGUUCACCCUAAUGGCCAUCUCCAUCGACAGGUACGUGGCCAUUAUGAGGCCACUGCAGCCGCGGAUGAGCAAGCGAUGCAAUUUGGCCAUUGCAGCGGUCAUCUGGCUGGCCUCCAGCCUCAUCUCCUGCCCCAUGAUGAUCGUCCACCAGACGGAGGAGGUGCCCGUGCAGGGGCAGGGCAUCCGCACAGUCUGCUUUCCGGAUUGGCCCGAUGGCCCAACGGGUCAUUCGAGGCUGGAAUCACUCUACAACAUCCUCAUCAUCGUUUUAACGUACUUCCUGCCCAUCGUCUCGAUGACGGUCACCUACUCGCGUGUUGGCUUCGAGCUCUGGGGAUCCAAAACGAUUGGCGAGUGCACGCCGCGCCAAGUGGAGAAUGUGCGCAGUAAACGGAGGGUGGUGAAAAUGAUGAUAGUAGUUGUCCUGAUAUUCGCCAUCUGCUGGCUGCCGUAUCACUGCUACUUCAUCAUCACAUCCUGCUAUCCCGUCAUCACCGAGGCACCCUUCAUCCAGGAUCUCUACCUGGCCAUUUACUGGCUGGCCAUGAGCAACUCCAUGUACAAUCCCAUUAUAUACUGCUGGAUGAAUUCGCGCUUUCGCUACGGUUUCAAGAUGGUUUUCCGCUGGUGUUUGUUUGUGCGCGUGGGAACGGAGCCAUUCAGCCGGAGGGAGAACCUCACAUCCCGGUACUCCUGCUCCGGCUCGCCGGAUCACAAUCGCAUCAAGCGCAAUGAUACCCAGAAAUCAAUACUUUAUACCUGCCCGAGCUCACCCAAAUCGCAUCGAAUUUCGCACAGCGGAACACCUCGCAAUGCGACGCUGAGAAACAGUCUGCCGGGUGAGUCGCAGUCAUCCGGCGGAGGGCACAGGAAGAGGAUGUCCUACCAGCAGGAGCUGCAGCAGCGGUGGUCGGGUCCGAAUAGUGCAGCCUGUGCGUCCAACUCCAGCAGUACGACCAACACCACCCAGCUGCUCUCCUGACAGCCGGCCAUCCAGGUGGCUCAGCCGGAGAGCCUGGAGAUGCAGACCCAGAUUGUCUGCUCGUCGCCGUACAACAACAACUACAGGCGAGCCAAUCCUGGAUUGUCCGACAGGGACUCGUCCGAUGACAAAACCUGGCUCUAAGCUAUUUAAAGGUCUCGAAUUUAUACUUUAUACUUUACAAAGGUCCUUGGAUACGUGUUCAGUGGAAGCCCGAAAAUCACCUAGUCUAAAUUUCAAUUCGUUCUUAAAGAAACCAAAGCUAAGUUAGGAUACCUUCUUUGCCCUCGACCGCCCCUCGAACAUAUCAGAUAUAGCUGGACUAAAAAAAGAGCCCACUAAUUGGGUAUUUCCCUUCAACGAUAGCCAACUGUAUAUCUGCAUUGCUUAAAGGAAACUCGAUACUUCGUCGCAUUUCAGUGGGAAAGGUUGUUCGGACAAGGAAAGACUAAAUCUAGAUAAAACACUUGUGAGCCAAGCAGUAGGUUUCCCAUAUAUAGGCCUCAUCAUGCUACUGAUCCAUUUGAGUCACUGUAAAUAUUCGGAUUGGUUCCUAAAAACUGUUUUUACUCUUCUUAACGCUUACGGCUGCUUGCUUAAGUUGUAACAAAUAAACAAAUGACUAUGAAUGUGAAUGUACGUGUAAAUAUAAAUGUCUGAAUAUAAACGUUAUUGCGAAUAAAGCGACUUGCUCCAUCACCGA